AGGUUAAAAAUACAAACUUCUCACUUGUUAUGACAUGGAGAUUAAAAGUUCCCGCUAUUUGCAAUACCCUGUAUUACAAUUCUGUUAUAAUAAUUUGUCUAAUCUACGGUGAAAUCAUACAUCCGUAUAUUUCAUUGAACGCAUGGAGACUGCCUCAUACUAAACCAAGUGAAGAUGAAGUGAGGAUUCUGCUCAUAGCCGAUUCCCAUAUUGAAGGUUAUCAUUCGAAUCUAUGGAUUUUCAAUGAAAUACUACAGGCUGACAGUGAUGAGUAAAUUGAAAGUUACUAUACUAUACUAGUUAUCUUCGAUUUUAUUUCAUAAAAGCUGUACAACGAACAAAUCCUAAUGGCGUUAUGUUUUUGGGAGAUCUCCUGGAUACAGGAGAUAUAUCAUUAAAUUCAGAUUUUAUACAUGCAACAUCACGUUUUCGAAAGAUAUUUCUUUCUGAGAAUGAUUUAUUUGUCAUUUUGACACCUGGAGAUAAUGAUAUCGGUGGUGAAGGAAAUCUGAUUACACAAAAAACGUUAACCCGUUUCUUUGCUAAUCUACCUGUUAACUAUGGAGAUUACAAAUAUAAAUUUGUUAAUUUCUACUCAGAUUAUAGGGAGCCUGAAACCAGACCUAAAAUAUCUAAUGAAAAUUCUGAUGAAAUUAAUGUAUAUAUCAGUCAUUUUCCAGUUAUCUCUCAGGAAUAUGUCCAGUUCCCUUCGAAUUUACUUAAAGCAAAUGCCUCUUUAAGUAUUCAUGGUCAUCUUCACAGAUAUAUUUAAAUGUGAAUCUUAUUUGUUAUCUAAUUUAUUGGUAAAAAUACUUAACAAUAUGUGAAACUGUCGUUCGAUAGUGAAGCAGGAUACUGUUUGCUUUGAAAGGAACUGUAAUUCGAGAUCAUUAUUGUUUCAUGAUUAAAGUCAAAUUAUUCAUUGGAAAAAUACUAAGAAUUCUGAUAAUACACAAUCAAAUGUUGUAUGGAUUCAAACACCACAAUUAUCAAGUAUAUCAUCACAACCAUUUAGUUUUAAAUUAAAUGAUAGUUUAAAAUUAUUAGAAACUAAAGAAAAAUAUACACUUAUCAAUCAUGUACAAGUAUAUGGUGAAUUAAUUUCAAUUGGUGUACCAUCAUGUACUUAUCGUUCUGGGUAUCCUCAUAUAACUGGUAUAGGUUUAUUACAAAUAUAUAAAAAUAAAUCUAUUAUUUAUACAGUAUUACCAUUGUAUAAUCGUUAUUGUACUAUAUUUAUUUAUUGUUUAUUCAUCACUAUAUUUAUAGGAUUAAAAUCUAUUUUUUAUUGUACUAUUGUUUUAUUUAAAUUUAAAUUUUGGCGAAAAAUUUUCCUCUUAACUACAAUUAUUUUAUUACUAUUAUUAAUCUUUAUUGAAUGUGAAGUAUUUGUUCAAAUUGGGAAAGUAUUUUGAUAUAAUUUCUUAGAUAAACAUGAAACACGUUGUCGUUGAUCUCCUUUUUGAUUUCAUUCAUAUUUCGGGAUAUCUUUGUAUGAUUACUAACACAUUUUUUUAUAUUUGGUAUAGUUGUAUUGGAACUUAACUACUCAGGGAUGUAUAUUUUACACUUUUGCUGUUGUUGUUGUUGUUUUUAUCCACUCCUCACAGUCUUUAUUGUUGCAUUGAAAUAAACUGCUUGUUACUUAAGCGUAAAAUCUGUGAUCUAAAUUAGUUUUCUAUUGAUUGCAAUCAGUUUUUCAUUAUACCCUUAGAUUUAAACGGUUUUUUUGUAAAAUCUAACUUUCAAAGUAUUUUGUAUUAUUUGUGUCUUUGAUAGUGACAUUGAUGAAUUGUAUUAUGUUAAUGUGGAAUAAAUUAUUUAAAUGAAA